AUAUUAGUUUAAGCAUUUAAUUCACAUUGUCAGAGAUUCGUUUAAUUUCUUCUGAGUUAAUGCAUCACUCAAUAUAAUAGAAACUUAGUCCAAAAAUUGAACAUUGAAAAAUGAAUCGAAUGUAAAAAGUCUGGAUAAAGAGAACGCGAGAGAACGUUUCAAUAUAGAGGGACGGAUGAGUUUAGGACCAGAGGGCACAGCCUCAGAAUAGAGAGAUGUCCCUUUUGAACAAAAAUGAGGAAGAAUUCCAUCAGGCAGAGUGUGGUGAAUCUAUGGAAUUCAUUGCCACCCAUGGCUGUGCAGGCCAAGUCAUUGAUUAUAUUUAAAGCAGAGGUUGAUAGGUGCUCAAUCAGUUGGGGUGUCAACAGUUAUGGAGAGAAGGCAGGAGAAUGGGGUUGAGAGGGGUAAUAAAUCAGCCAAUUUGGAAAGGCGGAGCAGAUUUGAUGGGCCAAAUGGUCUAACUCUGCCCCAUGUCUUUUGGUCUGAUGAAUUUAAAACAAACAGCCUACAGGUAAGGCUUUACAAAAGAUGGCAGUAUGGCUGAGUUGAGGAGAGGGUAAUAUUCUUCCAAAAUCAGAGCCCCGUGUUGGAAACCCAACAAUCUUCACUUUUAUUUUUAGAAGCAGGUUAUUUUUUAAUCUCUCCUUUGAGAACAGAGUGAAGGAACUGCAGAUGGAUUAACAGUCUGACACGGCCUGUUGUGAACACACCUUCCAUGGCUGUAACCAACUUUAUAAACUUUUCAUUAGCUAAUAGGAUAGUUAAUUGUAACAGAUGGGAGCCAUUUCUGAUUCUUUGAGAGAGGAAUUGUGGAGUGAGCUGAAUUAACAUUAGCAGGGAUACAGUCAGUGACAUAGGGGGCUGGGGGAGAGGGGUCACUGAAGGACAGUGUGAGGGGCUGGAUUAAUGUCAGUAGGGAUACAGGGUGCUGGAGGAGAGGGGUCACUGAGGGAGAGUGUGAGGGGCUGGAUUAAUGUCAGUGGGGAUAGAGUCAGUGGUACAGGGUGCUGGAGGAGAGGGGUCACUGAGGGAGAGUGUGAGGGGCUGGAUUAAUGUCAGUGGGAGUAUAGUCAAUGACACAGGGUGCUGGGGGAGAGGGGUCACUGAGGGACAGUGUGAGGGAUCUGGAUUAACGUCAGUGGGGGUAUAGUCAAUGACACAGGGUGCUGGGGGAGAGGGGUUACUGACAGAUACUGUGAGGGAGCUGGAUUAACGUCAGUGGGGAUACAGUCAGUGACAGGGUGCUGAGGGAGAGGGGUCACUGAGGGAUAGUGUGAGGGAGCUGGAUUAACGUCAGUGGGGAUACAGUCAGUGGGCACUGAGGGAGAGGGAUUACUGACAGAUACAGUAAGGGAGCUGGAUUAACGUCAGAGGCGACACCGUCUGUGACACAGGGAGCUAGGGGACAGGGGUCACUGAGGAAUAGUGUGAGGGAUAAUUAAUACCACAAAAGGUUUGCUGAGUGACAGUGUGAGGAAAAGGAGAGAUCAGGAUGUUCACCAUUUCCUGCCGUUGCUGCUCAAUGGUGCAGAGGGAGGUGUUGGUCAUACACCAUAAUGCAGAAAGAGUCAGGAGAGGUGACAGGAACUGAGAAUCAAGGAGAUGAGUGUUAUAAUCAAUUUGUGUGAUCAUCUGCAUCUCCCGGCUGCCUCUCUCGCCCCUUCUGUUCCAGAUCCAACAGCUUGUGCUGCGAUGUGAACCUAAAGCUGCUCCCGCCUCUGAGAGGGAAGAGAGAUUGCUGGUGGACGGUUCAGGGUGAUAAGACCAUAAGACACAGGAGCAUAUCUAGGCCAUUCAUCCCAUUGAGUCUGCUGCACCAUUCCUGAAUUAUUUUCCCUCCCAGCUCCAUUCUCCUGCCUUCUCUAUGAUCUAAUUAAGAACCUAUCAACUUCCGCUUAAAUAUACUCAGUCACUUUGCCUCCCGUGGCACUGAAUUCCACAGCUUCAUCACCCUCUGCCCAGAGAAAUUCCUCAUCAUCUCUGUUCUAAAAGGAUGCAUCCAUUCUGAGGCUGUGCUGUCUGGUCCUAGACUCCCCCACAAUUGGAAACAUCCUCUCCGCAUCCAAUCUAUCUGUGUCCUCUGGUCCUAGACUCCCCCACAAUUGGAAACAUCCUCUCCGCAUCCACUCUAUCUGUGUCCUCUGUUCCUAGACUCCCCCACUAUUGGAAACAUCCUCUCCGCAUCCACUCUAUCUGUGUCCUCUGGUCCUAGACUCCCCCACUAUUGGAAACAUCCUCUCCGCAUCCAAUCUAUCUGUGUCCUCUGGUCCUAGACUCCCCCACUAUUGGAAACAUCCUCUCCACAUCCACUGUAUCUGUGUCCUCUGGUCCUAGACUCCCCCACUAUAGGAAACAUCCUCUCCGCAUCCAAUCUAUCUGUGUCCUCUGGUCCUAGACUCCCCCACUAUUGGAAACAUCCUCUCCGCAUCCAAUCUAUCUGUGUCCUCUGGUCCUAGACUCCCCCACUAUUGGAAACAUCCUCUCCGCAUCCAAUCUAUCUGUGUCCUCUGGUCCUAGACUCCCCCACUAUUGGAAACAUUCUCCGCAUCCAAUCUAUCUGUGUCCUCUGGUCCUAGACUUCCCCACUAUUGGAAACAUCCUCUCCGCAUCCAAUCUAUCUGUGACCUCUGGUCCUAAACUCCCCCACUAUUGGAAACAUCCUCUCCGCAUCCACUCUAUCUGUGUCCUCUGGUCCUAGACUCCCCCACUAUAGGAAACAUCCUCUCCGCAUCCAAUCUAUCUGUGCCCUCUGGUCCUAGACUCCCCCACUAUUGGAAACAUCCUCUCCACAUCCACUCUAUCUGUGCCCUCUGGUCCUAGACUCCCCCACUAUAGGAAACAUCCUCUCCGCAUCCAAUCUAUCUGUGCCCUCUGGUCCUAGACUCCCCCACUAUUGGAAACAUCCUCUCCGCAUCCAAUCUAUCUGUGCCCUCUGGUCCUAGACUCCCCCACUAUUGGAAACAUCCUCUCCGCAUCCAAUCUAUCUGUGUCCUCUGGUCCUAGACUCCCCCACUAUUGGAAACAUCCUCUCCGCAUCCAAUCUAUCUGUGCCGUCUGGUCCUAGACUCCCCCACUUCAGGAAACAUCCUCUCCACAUCCACUCUAUCUGUGUCCUCUGGUCCUAGACUCCCCCACUAUAGGAAACAUCCUCUCCACAUCCACUGUAUCUGUGUCCUCUGGUCCUAGACUCCCCCACUAUAGGAAACAUCCUCUCCGCAUCCAAUCUAUCUGUGUCCUCUGGUCCUAGACUCCCCCACUAUUGGAAACAUCCUCUCCGCAUCCAAUCUAUCUGUGUCCUCUGGUCCUAGACUCCCCCACUAUUGGAAACAUCCUCUCCGCAUCCAAUCUAUCUGUGUCCUCUGGUCCUAGACUCCCCCACUAUUGGAAACAUUCUCCGCAUCCAAUCUAUCUGUGUCCUCUGGUCCUAGACUCCCCCACUAUAGGAAACAUCCUCUCCGCAUCCAAUCUAUCUGUGCCCUCUGGUCCUAGACUCCCCCACUAUUGGAAACAUCCUCUCCACAUCCAAUCUAUCUGUGCCCUCUGGUCCUAGACUCCCCCACUAUUGGAAACAUCUUCUCAAUGCCCACUCUAACUGUGCCCACUGGUCCUAGACUCCCCCACCAUCAGAAACAUCCUCUCCACAUCCAAUCUAUCUGUGCCCUCUGGUCCUAGACUCCCCCACUAUUGGAAACAUCUUCUCAAUGUCCACUCUAACUGUGCCCACUGGUCCUAGACUCCCCCACCAUCAGAAACAUCCUCUCCACAUCCACUCUAUCAAGACCUUUCAAUGUUCAACAGGUUUCAAUGAGAUCACCCCCCCCCCACCACAAGCUUGUAAACUACAGUGAGUACAGGCCUAGAGCUAGCAAACAUUCCUCAAAUGUUAAACCUUUAAUUCCCAGACUCAUUCUUAUGAACCUUUUCUGGACUCUCUCCAAUUCCAGCACAUCUUUUCUUAGAUAAGGGGCCCAAAACUGCUCACAAUGCUCGGAGUGCGGUCCAACCAUGAGUGUGUUCUGAUUGGACACACUUGUGCAGUCAACGUGUGCUUAACCAUUAAACACACAUUGGGCAUGGUAUCCACCAUGUCAGCGGGGAAAUGAUUGACAGAUCUAGGCUCAUUCACUUGGAUGAGAGGGCAGGUGUCCCGUACCAAGCUCAACAAACUGUCCAAUCAGGUAACAGUAUUAUAUGCAAAACUGAUAUUAUGCUGCAUGGUAACGCAGUGGUUAGCAAUUGUCAUCAGGGUGCAAUUGCAGCCACUGUCUGGAAGGAGUUUGUACAUUCUCCGCAUGACCGCAUGGAUUUCCUCCGGGUGCCCCAGUUUCCUCCCACAGUCCAAAGACAUAUGGGUUAGGGUCAGUGAGUUGGGCAUGCUAGGUUGGUGCAGAAAGCGGCUGCUCCCAGCACGUCCUCAGACUGUGUUGACAUAAAUAACAUACUUCACUAUCUGCUUUGAUCUACGUGUGAUAUGUCUAGUAAGAUCAUCUCAAUCCUCAUCUCAAUGAAAAAGGCCACUUGUGAUGUCUGGUGCUCGGAAGGUGAUUGGUGUACGACGGGAAAAGGCACAUUUGUUCCCCUGAGUGUCCUAUGAGGGGAAAGAGAGGCUCAAUGGAAGGAUUCCAAAUGGGGGGGUGGGGAAGGGGUCAGCAACUCGGGAGGACACGUUCCAUGUCAGUGGCUUGAAGAUUGAAGGCGAGAAGAGAUUUGUUUUUGUUAGUCCAGGGAUCAGUGAUCUGGAAUCACGAGUGGAUAGGGAGUAAUGACACACAACAUGCAGGAGGAACUCAGUACGUCAGGUAGCAUCUACGGAAAGGAAUAAAGAGUUGACAUUUUAGGUGAGACCCUUCAUCAGGGCUGGAAAGAAAGGGGCAAAAGCCAGAACAAGCAGGCGGGGGAAGGAAAAGGAGUACAAGUUGUCAGGUGGUAGGUGAGAGCAGGUGGGUGGGGGAAGAGGACGAAGUAGGAUGCUGGGAGAUAAUAGGUGGAAAGGUAAAAGGCAGGAGGAGAAGGAAUCCAAUAGGAGAGGAGCAUGGACCAUGGGAGAAAGGGAAGGAGGAGAGGCACCAGGGGGAGGUGAUGGGCAGGUGAGGAGAAAAGGGAAAAGGCCAGAGUGGGGAAUUGAAGAAGAGGGAAGGGGGAGGGGGAAGAAAUUACCAGAAGUUGGGGAAUUGACGUUCAUGCCAGCAAGUUGGAGGCUAGCCAGAUCGAAUAUGAAGUCAGUAGAAAAGGGAACUAGAUUAACAACUGAAUGUGGUAGCAGAUUCAUCAGAUAACAUGGUAAACUGGAUCAGCAAAUUUGUGGAUAAGAUUGGGGAGUGUAGUGGACAGUGAGGAAGGUUAUCAAGGCUUCCAGCAGGAUCUAGACCAGCUGGAGAAAUGGCAGAUGGAAUUUUAUGCAAACGUGAGAUGUUCAACUUUGGGAGGACAAAUCAGGAUAGGAGUUACACAGUGAGCUGUAGGGAAGUGAGGAAUGUGGUAGAGCAAAGUGAUCUAGGAAUACAGAUCCGUAAUUCCUUGAAAACAGCGUCACGAGCAGAUAGGAUUGUAAAGAGAGCUUUUGGCACAUUGGCCUUCAGAAAUCAAUGUACUGUGUACAGGAGUUGGGAUGUUAUGUUAAAGUUGUAUAAGAUGUUGGUGAGGCCUAAUUUGGAGUAUUGUGUGCAGUUUUGGUCACCUACCUACAGGAAAGUUGAACAUAAGAUCGAAAAAGUCAGAAAAAAUUGACAAGGAUGUUACCAAGAUUUGGGGAUCUGAGUUACAGGGGGAGGUUGAAUAGGUUAGAACUUUGUUCCAUUGAGUGGAGGUGAAUGACAGGGGAUUUGAUUAAGGUGUAACAAAGUAUUACAGGUAUAAGUAUGGUAAAUGCAAGCAGGCUUUUUAUACUGAGGUUGGGAGAGACUAGAACUGGAGAUGAUAGGCUAGGGGUGAAUGGUGAAAUAUUUAAGAGGAAGCUGAGGGGGAUCUUCUUCUGAUGGAGGUGGUGCAAGUGUGGAACGAGGUGCUGAUGGAGGUGGUGCAAGUGUGGAAUGAGGUGCUGAUAGGGGUGGUGCAAGUGUGGAACGAGGUGCUGAUGGAGGUGGUGCAAGUGUGGAAUGAAAUGCUGAUAGGGGUGGUGCAAGUGUGGAACGAGGUGCUGAUGGAGGUGGUGCAAGUGUGGAACGAGGUGCUGAUGGAGGCGGUGCAAGUGUGGAAUGAGGUGCUGAUGGAGGUGGUGCAAGUGUGGAACGAGGUGCUGAUGGAGGUGGUGCAAGUGUGGAACGAGGUGCUGAUGGAGGUGGUGCAAGUGUGGAACGAGGUGCUGAUAGCGGUGGUGCAAGUGUGGAACGAGGUGCUGAUAGGGGUGGUGCAAGUGUGGAACGAGGUGCUGAUGGAGGUGGUGCAAGUGUGGAACGAGGUGCUGAUGGAGGCGGUGCAAGUGUGGAACGAGGUGCUGAUAGGGGUGGUGCAAGUGUGGAACGAGGUGCUGAUAGGGGUGGUGCAAGUGUGGAACGAGGUGCUGAUGGAGGUGGUGCAAGUGUGGAACGAGGUGCUGAUGGAGGCGGUGCAAGUGUGGAAUGAGGUGCUGAUAGGGGUGGUGCAAGUGUGGAACGAGGUGCUGAUGGAGGUGGUGCAAGUGUGGAACGAGGUGCUGAUAGGGGUGGUGCAAGUGUGGAACGAGGUGCUGAUGGAGGUGGUGCAAGUGUGGAACGAGGUGCUGAUAGCGGUGGUGCAAGUGUGGAACGAGGUGCUGAUGGAGGUGGUGCAAGUGUGGAACGAGGUGCUGAUGGGGGUGGUGCAAGUGUGGAACGAGGUGCUGAUAGGGGUGGUGCAAGUGUGGAACGAGGUGCUGAUAGGGGUGGUGCAAGUGUGGAACGAGGUGCUGAUGGAGGUGGUGCAAGUGUGGAACGAGGUGCUGAUAGGGGUGGUGCAAGUGUGGAACGAGGUGCUGAUGGAGGUGGUGCAAGUGUGGAACGAGGUGCUGAUAGGGGUGGUGCAAGUGUGGAAUGAGGUGCUGAUGGAGGUGGUGCAAGUGUGGAACGAGGUGCUGAUGGAGGUGGUGCAAGUGUGGAAUGAGGUGCUGAUGGAGGUGGUGCAAGUGUGGAACGAGGUGCUGAUAGGGGUGGUGCAAGUGUGGAACGAGGUGCUGAUGGAGGUGGUGCAAGUGUGGAACGAGGUGCUGAUGGAGGUGGUGCAAGUGUGGAAUGAGGUGCUGAUGGAGGUGGUGCAAGUGUGGAACGAGGUGCUGAUAGGGGUGGUGCAAGUGUGGAAUGAGGUGCUGAUGGAGGUGGUGCAAGUGUGGAACGAGGUGCUGAUAGCGGUGGUGGAUGUGGGUUCAAUUGUAAGUUUGGAUAGGUACAUGGAUGGGAGUGGUAUGGAGGGCUAUGGUCCAGGUAUGGGUUGA